CAUAAAUUUUUACAAAUAUCUCACUGUGCAAAUUUUUGAUUACUUUUAUUCUCUUUCUUUACAUCAAAUUUUUUUCAGAGGAAUUGUUAGGGGAUGAUGGGGAUGAAGAAGAGUUAUUUGGCAAUGAAGACAGAUGCAGCAGUCGCAAGUGAUCUGAUUGAUUCAGAUUUGAAGGAAAUUGGUUUUGCUGCUAAGAAAUUAGCUAAGCAUGCCAUUAUGCUUGGUGGCAUUGGUUUUGGCACUACUUUCUUCAUGUGGCUUGCUUCUUUUGCUGCUAUUUACUUGCUGAUCUUGGAUCGAACAAACUGGAGGAGCAAUAUGCUCACAACUCUCCUAAUUCCUUACAUUUUCUUGAGUCUCCCUUCGUUGUUGUUUGGUUUGUUCAGGGGAGAUUUUGGAAAAUGGCUAUCUUUGAUCGCUGUUAUAACACGCCUUUUCUUCCCUAAACACUUUCCAGAUUGGCUAGAAGCGCCAGCAGCACUGGUCCUUCUAAUGGUGGUGGCUCCUAGUUUGUUGGCUGACACCUUCAGGGAUAGUUGGAUUGGUACGUUGGUUUGCCUAGUUAUUGGAUGUUAUCUUUUGCAAGAACACAUUAGAGCUUCUGGAGGUUUCAGGAAUUCUUUCACUAAAGCCAAUGGCAUUUCAAACACUGUUGGGAUCGUUCUCCUUUUGGUAUAUCCAGUCUGGGCAUUGAUUCUACACUUCCUAUAAACAAAGUCGACAAUAUUGGCUCUUCUUUCACGACCACUUGUCAUGAUUGCAAUUUGCUUGGAAGAUUCAAGUCUGAUUGUUUUUUCUUCAGUUUAUUUGGAUUUUUUAUUUUUAUUUUUAAAAAUCAGUAUGAGUAAUUUUGUAAUAGAUUGCUUUCUUCUUGUCUGAAUAAUGUGUUUUUGUGCCCAGAAUUCGUUACUUUAUAUACUACUAUGAAUUAUGGA